AUGUCACCUCACGCUGCGCAUGGCCGCGACCGGUUUCUCAAGCAGUCCAUCGGCUCACUCGUUCCAAAAGUCAAUGAAAGCCGUGUGCUGCUUGUUGGCGCUGGAGGCAUCGGCUGCGAGCUGCUCAAGAACCUCCUUCUCUCUGGUUUCGGCACCAUCCACAUCAUCGACCUGGAUACAAUCGACCUCUCAAACCUGAAUCGACAGUUUCUCUUCCGUCACGAGCAUAUCAAGAAGCCUAAGGCGCUUGUCGCAAAAGAAGUCGCUCAGAAAUUCAGGCCUCAGUCGACCAUCGAAGCAUACCAUGCCAACAUCAAGGAAACUCGCUUCAAUGUCGACUGGUUCGCAUCCUUUGAUCUCGUCUUCAACGCGCUGGACAACCUCGAUGCGAGGAGACAUGUCAACCGGAUGUGCCUGGCGGCAAAUGUCCCCCUCAUAGAAAGUGGCACUACCGGUUUCAAUGGCCAGGUUCAGGUCAUCAAGAAGGGCCGAACAGAGUGCUAUGACUGCACUAACAAACCGGUGCCCAAGUCGUUCCCUGUCUGCACUAUCAGGAGCACGCCCAGUCAACCCAUUCAUUGCAUUGUCUGGGCAAAGAGCUAUUUAUUCCCUGAACUUUUUGGAACGAGUGAAGAUGAUGUCGAACUCGAUCAUUCUGAAGAUGCGGAAAAUGCUGGCGAAAUCGAAAAUCUACGACAGGAAGCAAAGGCUCUAAAGGAGAUCCGGAACUCCAUGCCCUCAGACGAGUUUACCGAAAAAGUGUUCGAAAAGGUCUUCCACAAGGACAUUGCGCGCCUACAGGCCGUCGAAGAGAUGUGGAAAUCAAGACCUAUGCCAAACCCGCUCUCCUAUAGCUCUCUACUGGAUGAAUCGAAGGAAAUCGACCCAUGCAUUUGCUCCGAUGAUCAGAAAGUCUGGACGGUAGCUCAGAAUUUUGUCGUCUUCAAGGAUAGUAUCUUGAGGUUGAAAAAGCGACUCUUGGAUGCUCAGGCUGAAACUCAUGAUGGAGAGAAGUCCAUACUAUCGUUUGAUAAGGACGAUGUUGACACUCUAGAUUUUGUGGCUUCAAGCUCUAACUUACGUGCUGCAAUCUUUGGGUUGGAGGCUAAAUCCAAGUUUGACAUCAAGCAGAUGGCGGGCAACAUCAUUCCUGCUAUUGCAACCACCAAUGCAAUGACAGCUGCCUUGUGUGUCUUGCAGGCAUUCAAAGUUCUAAAGGAUGACUACGAUAAUGCAAAGAUGGUAUUCCUUGAACGGUCUGGUGCUCGAGCUAUUAAUACCGAUAGCCUCAAGCCGCCGAACCCUGAUUGUGCUGUAUGUGCAGUAGCUCAGAGAAAGAUCUUCAUUAACCCAGAGAUUGCAACUCUCAAUGAUCUAGUGGAAAAAGUUCUUCGACUCGAGCUAGGCUAUGGUGAAGAAUUAUCGGUCAGCAAUCAAAUAGGGACCAUCUAUGACCCGGACCUGGAAGACAACCUGUCCAAGAAACUGAGCGAACUUGGCGUUGAAAAGGACAGUUUCAUCACGGUUGUAGAUGAAGAGGAUGAAAACCCCCGAGUCAACUUGGAAAUUCUCGUUUCUGAACGAACCGACGAUACAUCCCCCAUCUCCCUUGAGGCGUCUGAUGCUGAUAUUCCGCGAAAGCCGAAGCCCGCUGGAGAGCAACAGCCCGCUACUGAGAUUCAAGAGAACGGGGCAUCGGGCAAACUCAAACGAACGGCCGACGAAGCAGGGCUUGAAGUUGUUGAAGGUCAGCCCUCAAAAAAGAUAUCCAAUGGAACAGCAGACUGCGACAACACUUCUACAAACCCUAUUAUUCUUGAGGACGAGACAGGCACUAUCCUCAUAGACGCUGAUUAA